UUCCUUACAGAGCAUGAUUUUUACCAAGAUUGCCAUGGCAGUGCAGAUGAGCACUGCAGCUGGUUUCAGCAAAAGGAAGACCAAGAAGGACAUCACAAGAUUAACUGCAAUAACACAACUGACCAAUGUUAUCAAGAAAAAUCAGGUCCUGGGAGCUCAAGCUCAGAAGAAGGAAAAGCAUCUGCAGAGAGAAAAUUCUGCUUGGAGGAGUUAGAGAAGUAUACUUUUUCUGUGUGCUGCCGUCCUGCUGCUGAAGUGAAACCGUUCAGGCGGGUUGUCGAGCGUUUCCAUUUCGUAGUGUACACAGCCUUCUCAGAGCUGGGAGCUGCACGCUGGCGCUCCAGGGACUUCUGGCUGCUCAUGCUGCUGGUAGUUCUGCUGUGGUUCGUGAGACUUUACCUGCAUUAUCUGAGCCAAUGGCUCUUCCUUCAGACCAUCUCAGUUCCUGUCACAAAAUUCCAGCUUUUUCCUCACACUGUCGAACUGUGCUACCAGAACUCCUUGCUGCAGACCAGUGAAGAGUUGAUCAUGGUUGUGGUGGGACCCCUAACCUUGAACGCGGGGCUGCUUCUUAUGGUCCUGAUCAGAUGGGGCUGUCAGCAGCUGUUUGACUCAUUCCCUUCCUUCUUGUCAAAGUUUAUCAUAGCUCUGGGACUCUGGACAGUGUUAGACCCCUUGGCAGUGUUCAUAGUGGAUUCAAUCCUGGGGCGACUUGGGAACAGUGUAGAGAAACCCAUUGCUGAUGCUGCAAAGCUCUACUGGGUCUUUCUAAGAGCAGAGGAGUCAGGGAUUCCUGGUGUCUUAAUCACUGUGAUGCUUUAUACAAUUCUGUUCUUCAUUUCAUCGACAGUAUUGUACCUGUACUUUUUAAGGCUACAUAGUGAAGGUUGGCUGUUGGAUGUAUUUCAACGCAUUCAUGGGGAGGAAGGCACAUUCUUCGUUCCACUGGACUUGGAGAUUUCCAAUCAGGAGCUGAGCUAUAUUAUGAAGAGGGCUGAGCAGUGGAGAGGAGUCAAUGGUGAAAGACGGAUGGUGGCAGUGUCUGAUUACAUCUGGAAGGACCACGCCAGCAAGCCUGGUGUCUCCAGCUGUGACCUCCAGCGCCAGGAUGAAAGCCUUGACUCUGCAGCUACCUGGAGAGGUGGCACCACCGUUCACAUCUCUGUCUACACUGUUCACCUCAGCGGCUUCCAGGAGCUCUACAGGCACUUCCUCAGGCUACCUGAUGGGGCUAUCGUUGAGGCAUUUGGUGAUAUCACUGGAGAAAGUCUUUUGUGUAACGAAAUGAGCACAGCCCAGGAGCGCGUAAGCGAAAUGGACAGCGUGCUGCAUACAUCUUCACCUAUCAAGCUGAGGGAGAGGAAAAAGAGUACAGCAGGGCGGAAAGGAAAUGACAUUGUCUCUGACAAGAGCUAAGUGCUGCAGUAACGCAUAGUCCAUAGACUUGUUUACAGCCCGAUUCACAUCCAUGACACGGAUACUGGCUGACAGGAUUCACCGUUCUGAUGUCCACACAUGUGUGCAUCCAGUGUUGUCCUGCAAAUGCUCCGUUCAUAGCUCUUCUGUGGCUUCAACAAGCUUUUCAGUGUGGUGAGCUCACUGGAUCAGAUCACAGAUCAGAUCAAGCAAAUAUGAUUAUUUUAAUUUUUUUUUUUUUUUCCUUCCAAAUAGCGGGACAUUCCUAGAUUUCUCAGGUUUGCUUAUUCCUGCUUUUCUAGGUUUACUUGUACCUGCUAGUGGUGGUGGGGAAAAUAUUGCUGAUUUGUAUUUCAAGUUUCAUGGCUAAAACAUUGACAGUGUUUUCAGUAAUUGUUCAAAGCACAACACUAUUUUAAUUACAAGGCUGCAAAGAUGUCCAAGAAGAGGAACAAUGAUGGCUUCAUUCCACCAGUUCUGGUGCCAAGUCCCAACAGGCAGCAAAAUUUACAAGAUCCCAGAGAAGAUCAUUUUGCUGGGACCUUAAUGUUGGUUAGAGCUGCUUCCCUGGGAGCUACAGCAUCUUAGAGCAACCUGGAGGUUAUCCUUGUGCUUUCUUAGUAGUAUUAAAGUAUUGCUCAUUAGUUGAAACCAGUCAGUGCCUAUUCUAUUUGGCUUCACACAAGUACCUAAGAACUAAAGUUCAUGCCCCAAAGGUAAGGACUGCAAGAGAAAAACAGAAGGAGAAGGUGUGAAGGUGAACAAAUGCAAGAAAGGUGAAUUCAUUUGUCCAAGGUCGCCAAAGUCAGAGGCAAAUGCAGAAAUAGAGGGCAGACUGCCAGUGCCCUGACUCUUGGUCUUCCCUGUACUAAGAUCCUUUUUGUCCUGAAGAUUCAGAUGAAAAAUGGAAAAGUCUUACCUUCCUGGUAUUUUGAAUCAUUCAUAGAGAAUAAUUGUAAUCAAUUAACAUAGUAACCAGUGACAUUUUUCUAAUACAUAUGCUUUUCUGGUGUCCCUUUGUUCAUACUGGUAUGGUAAACUUUUUUCAGAUGCAUUUACCUUUGCAAGAUCUUUACCUGUGUCUGGAACAUUGUUGAUUGAUUUUUAUACUUAAAUCUAUGGUUUUCAUCCAUCUGAAUAAUAAUUAAAUGACAUUAGGUAGUAACCUGGACGUUUAGAUAUCACUCCUGAAAAAAGUUUUUCUUUGCUUUUGCAAGAUAACAAUUUGUUUUCCUCUUUUUUUUUUUUCUUCUUUUAAUUGAUUUGUAUGCAUGUGCAUAUGUGUGUGUUUGUACGUGUUACACCCAGACAGAAAAGGUGUUAAAAAUCCUCUGAAUAUCUACAAGAACUGAUGUGAUUUCUGUGGGUUCUAUUGCAUCAGAUAUUACUUGGAUGACUUCUUUCUGUCAUAACAGGAAU